ACGCUACAUAUCACGCUAACAUAUGCUAUACAGUGUCUUGGAUUUAGAACCAACACCCUAUGGUCUCUCUGCGUGGCAGUAUUGGAUAUGGAUAAACAUGUAUAGGAGAGGUGAAUGUAUGUUAUUAUAAAAUCAAUAACAUGUCUGUAAUUUAACAAGGACCGUUAUGAUCCACGUGUCUCGGAACAUCACUCAGACAAUUAGUAAACAAACGAACAUGAACACAUCCUAGGGCGGAAGUUUAAUUGUAUUUACUUAUGUAACCUGUUUGUAUAUUGCCGAAGGUUUUUUUUCUGAACAGCCAGGAGGCGAUUUGUAAAAUCCAUAGAACGUAUAUUACAGGUAAGGAAUAAGAGACAGUUUGUAUCCAGCUACAUACAUCACUAACUGGAUAAGCCAUCAUGAGUGAUUCACAUACACCUGUACAUGUUUCAAGGUUAGAAAAAGUAAAAGAAACUGCCAGUCACAGCCUCAUUGCUCUAUCUUCCAUAAUUACCGUCCUUUUUAUGAUUGGUCAGUGGCUUCAGUAUAAAUUCAUCGUCAUAGGAGAUGACCUGUUCGUCAAUAUGAACUGUCUGAUUCUACCGACAUUACAUUGUAUCCUGGAAACUGUGACUUUUAUACUUUUUUUCUCGAUCAAUACAAUAUCGAGUAAGGAUAUCAGCGACAAACUUGAAGGAAUUGUUAUAUUUUUUGUUUGCCAUACUUUUGGAAUAUUUUUAUCGGAAUACUUUACCCAUCAUUCCAAGAACUUAUGUUUCACACCAGUAGCUUUUCUUGGCUUACUAAUCUUAGUUCUACAGAAUCGGACGUGUACUGGAAUGUGGGAAACGCCUUUUGCAUUAGUAUGUCAUUGUACGAUGACGUGUGGCGCAUUAUUGAUGACGUCAUACCAUCAUGCCGACGGCACCGGCAAUAUAUUAUUUUCAGUAUCUAUAAUAUUUUACUUUAAUUUGCGGAACAUCAUUAUGAAGCAAUUAGCAGCCGGAAAUAUACAUCUCGUGCUGCGCAUGCCCAUGAUAUGUACAUAUGUGUCGAUUCUUAUGUUACUGAUUUUUAUUGUUGGACUUCUUGGGAUUCCUAGCGUGACGUCAUUUAUCGUAACUGGAUUGUUCUCCUCGGCUGCCUCGGUUGUGACGCUAUAUUUAUUAUUAGAAAAUGUCUUCAAGAACUAUUCGGUGUUCUUUGUAACAACACUACACCUGUGGAGCAGGAUUUUACUGCAGAUUAUAUGUGUUUCUCCGACAGCAUAUGGAACAUUUAUCACAGGGGGCGCUGCGGUUUGCUUUGCAACCAUCGUAUAUCUCGCUUAUAAUUCAGAUGAAAAGGACAAAAACAUACCAGUGAUUCUUAACAAUUCCCCAAGAGUGACCCAGUAUGAAGUGUAUACCCGGAUGGAGUUUCUCAUCUACAUGGGAUGUGUGAUAGGGUUGGUUAUAUGUCUAAUGCAGCCAAGUUUGAGCGACAGAGACCGAGUCAAUCUCCAGAAUAUUGGAAUAUACAGUACGACCAAGGAUAGCGUUAGGUAGCAUGAAGUUAGCUGUCAUUGAGGAUUACUACAGCCAAAUUCAACCGAAGAGACAAAGUCAAUUCCCAAAGUUUUUUUUAACAGUACGAAACAGGAAAUUGUCACAUCAGCAAUGAGUUUCAUCAUUGAACAUAUAAUCAUAGGUAUAUCAACAACUGUACAAAUAACUUAAACCCUUAUUAACGACGUCGAAAAGAGACAAGGUCAGUUCAAAUUUACUGGACGCGGCGGACAAAAUAGAAGUACAGAAUUCACUGUGUGUUAUCUCAUUACUGAGAGGAUUUAACACUAAAAACAACUACAAAAGUCAGACUUACUUUAAGUAUCGGGAUACAUCAAGACAAGUAUACAUUAGAUUGGUAUACUUACCGUGUGAAGAAAUAUUAAUUGAAUAAAAACGAACGAACGUCAUUUCAUAAUAUACAUAUAUGUAAGCUUUUUAUGCCAUCAAUUACUAUGGAUGCAAAUAUUUUCUCUUGUCCAGAAACGCUGUCCUUUGGUCGUGGUUGCAUGGUCUACCAACAUAAUGUAAUAUACAUUUGUAACUUUUCCGGACUAAAGCUCAGUAAUUUGUCAGAUUAUUUAUAUAAUAUGCAGUUCAAUCCUCAGUUUAAGAGCCCCAGAUCAAUAGUUCGAUGACCAUAUAGUGGUCGGCAAGACGAGUGUAUCCUAUAUCAUCGAAUAUUUACAAUGUUUGUCCAAUGGUGUAAGUUGUUAAAUUUCGCUGGGGGAUAAUAUUUCUCGAUUGUCACAGUCAGGACUAGUUCUUGCGAAUUAAAUUUCGAGCAUUUCCAACAA